UUGUCCUCUGCUAGAAGACCACAGAGCAUGUGGCAGCCCUACAUUCCUCAUUGUGUGUCCAAGCUCUCCCAUUGGCUCCAAACUGUGAGAAACUCCAACAAGCCCAAGACCCACACAUUCAUAUGGAGAUUUGGGAGUAUAAAUAGAGGAGAUGCAGCCAGUACAAAUCACACUCACUUUACACAGAGAGAUCUACAGCACAGAGACACAGCCAUGGCACCAACCAUCACUUCAGCAAUGACCAUCUCAAACGAGCAUCUACCUCUGAACAACAAGCUGAGGAAGCCGAUGGUGGAAAAGAUGCGCAGAGAUCGUAUCAACAGCAGCAUUGAGCAGCUGAAGUCUCUCCUGGCUCCAGAGUUCCUCAACCAGGAACCUGACUCCAAGCUGGAGAAAACAGAUAUCCUGGAGAUGACAGUCAGCUUCCUGAGACGACAGCAGCAGCAGUCUGCAUUCUCCUCCAGCUCAGCAGCUGUCAAUCAAGGCUUCUCCAGAUGUGUCCAUGAGGUUGUCCACUUCCUGUCCAAAGAAGAGGUGAAGACACAGAGCCAGAGAAAACUGCUGAACCACUUCCAGAACCUGCAGCCAUCUUCAGAUGAGAACAGGAGGGAAAGAGUUCUGCCUCAGCUGAGCUCUACAGAGCAGCAGAUCAUCAGCAAAGACAAGAGUUCAGUUAAGAGCGCCCUCUGGAGGCCCUGGUAAAGAGAAGAUCAAGACUCAAAGCAGAAAACACAAGUCUAUGUGGACUGUUUAGUUUUCUUUCAACUUCUGUGUGAACAGGAUUAUAACUGAGUUGUUAAAACUUAACAUGUUAUUAUUGUCUUAUAGCAAUAGACUUAUACCUUUCUACUUUGAGAAAGAUUUUUUAAAUGAAGAUGCUGGUAGAAUCCAGCUAGGAGCAAUGUCAAGAUCUGCAGUCUUGACAAUGCAUGUUUAUGUUAAUAUAAAUAAUAUUGAUAAAUUGUUUUCAAUUCAUGACAAUUUCCAUUUUAGGAAAAACAUCGUAUGUGUUAUUCUAUAUUAGAUCAAAUAUUUGUGUUAUCCUUUUGAUUUUACAAAAUUCUGAUCAUAUUUGAUCAAGUUUGAUCACAUUUUAGGGAAUUGGUCACCAGUUAUACUGGAAAAUACACAUACUAUGUGUUCUGGUUAAAUACACUAGAAUAAAAUAAUCUAGAAAUUAUAUAAGCAUUAAAUGAAUGUGAAGAACAUUCUGAUUAAUACAGAAUUAUUAAGUUUUAAAUUUCCAUUUCUUUGAUAUGGGAUUAUAGUGUUUAUCAGUAUGUUACAUGUUGAAUUUUCAUCCUUAUUUCUCAUUUCAUUUGAGAAAUUUUAGUUUUUUUUUUUUUAACCUUAGCCAAGGUUUAUUGUGUACCUAUUGUAUGGUACUAUUAAUUAUGAAACAUACAUUUUUGCCCUUGACAGUAUCUGUUGAGACAGUUUAUGUUUAAUUCCCAUUUAUUUCUUAUUUCUAAUAUUAUCUGUAUAUUUAACAGAUUUUAGCUGUUGGAAAUGUUUCCUGUGUCUUUUGUAAAGACAAGCUCUUUAAACUCUGCUCUAUUAUGAGCACCGUGUGUGUUGAAGAAUUCUUCAAGUGACUGUUGUGAUAUAUUAUCACGUUAUAUUGCUUUAACGCUAACAAAAAGUGCAUCAGAAAGAAAAAAUAAAAAUAUGUGUAAAGUACUUUCUUAUGUGUGCUGAAUUUUGUUAUUAAACAGAACACAGAAUAUGCUUUAUUCAGACAGGACAGGAAGUAUUUAAAGGAAAUAUGUAGUAAUGCUAACUAACAUCUGUACAUUUUAAUGUCUUUGAAUAGGCCGAGUGUAAAAUAACUCAGGAGAGAAGAAUCACAGUCUCUGGUCAUUCAUGUCCUAAACUGUAUGUCUUAUUAUAAAAAAAUGAUAUGUGGAAUUUAAGUGGCCAGGAUCAGCCCUGUAAAGGUACUAUGUAGAACCAUACAGGAGAGCGUAGGUUUCUGCACAUGAAUUAGAUAUAUAAUAAUAGUAAAAUAAGCAAUAACAUUAGCAAAAAGCUGAAAAUAAAAAUAUAAAGGCUCAAAAUAUAUAAUGUAAAAAUAGACUCAAAAAUAGACUCAAACGACAGUAAUUAAAAUAGUAUAACAGCAAAGUGGCAGUGAACGUUAAGAAUUUUUCAUAUGUGGAAUAUGGAGAAUAUUAGAACUAGAUGAGCUUAUCAGAUGAUUUGGAACAUCUUUUAUUGGCUAUUCAGAGAUGUAUGAAGGUACUGUACCAUUAAGAGAUUUAAAAACUGGUAAAAAGAAAUGUUAUAGUCAAUUCUAAAGGAUACAGGCAGCCAGUAGAAUGAUGAAAAAAGCUCUGAUAUGAUUUUCUAGUUUGCAUUAAUAAAGAGAACUGAUAGUGUGGGUUAUUUUAGUGGUGUAAUGAUUUCAGUCCAUGAGACAAUUGUUUAAAUUUAGUCAGAAUGUUGCCAAAAAUAGCGAUUCCACCUUGCCUAAGAUGCAGAGUUUAUGGCUUUUCAGCACAAUUGUGAAGAAGCCUGUCAGGAUCUGGUUACCCACAGAAUCAUCAGCAUCUGAAUGGACACACUUCUAUUGUUCAGCACUUCAUCUCAAUGGGAAAAGUGUGGGAAAGCGUGAGAGAGCAGAAUCACACUUCUUAAUGGCAUCAGCAUGUUAAACCCCAAUGGACCCUAGCUAUUUGACAAAUUAAUAAAUCAGACCCCCGGUUCAUCAUGACAUGUCACCUGAGAAACCAAGUACAUAACAUGUCAAUCUGAUAAUAACAAUUUUCAGCAUAUUUAAAAAAAAAAAAAAAAAUCUAAGUUAUAAGAGACUUAAAAAAUAAUGAGUACACAGUGUACAUCUAAUAGAAAUCUUUUAAUAUGGUAUAAAAAAGGGAUAAUUCUAGCAACAUGUUCAAACUUUUCCCUCCAGAUGGUGACUGAUGUUACAAUCCACCACACAGUGUUUAGUCCUCAGUAAUGGUCCAUUCAGGUCUCUAAAGCUUUUGUACUCCACUGAUCUCAGCACAGAGGACUCAGUAUGGGAAAGCUCUAAACUCAUACUGACUGACAAAGACACGACACGAGACACAUCUGUUACAUCUGGA